UUGAGGUUAGUGUGUGAAAUGGCUGCUCCAAAACCAGAGGAAAUAAGUCAUCCGCCAAUGGACCAACUUCAGGGCUUAGAGUAUUGUAUUGAUUCUAACCCUUCUUGGGGGGAGGCCAUAGCACUUGGAUUUCAGCAUUAUAUAUUGGCAUUAGGGACUGCUGUGAUGAUUCCUUCAUUUCUUGUUCCUUUAAUGGGUGGAAAUGACGAUGAUAAAGUGAGGGUAGUUCAGACUUUGUUGUUCAUAGGUGGAAUAAACACAUUGCUGCAAACUUUGUUCGGGACUCGAUUGCCGACUGUUAUUGGAGGGUCGUGGGCUUUCAUGGUGCCUAUAAUCUCGAUAAUUCACGAUCCAUCCCUCGAAAGAAUUACGAACCCUCAUAUGAGAUUUUUGAGUACAAUGAGGGCAAUACAAGGAGCACUUAUAGUAGCAUCGAGCGUGCAGAUUAUUCUGGGCUAUAGUCAGCUGUGGGCAAUAUGUUCAAGGUUUUUCAGUCCACUUGGGAUGGUCCCAGUAAUUUCACUAGUGGGUUUUGGUUUGCUUGAUAAGGGCUUUCCAAUGGUUGGAGGAUGUGUAGAAAUUGGCAUUCCAAUGUUCAUCUUAUUCGUUGCCUUCUCUCAGUACUUGAAGCACUUCCAAAUGAAGAAAAUUCCCAUACUCGAGAGAUUUGCACUAUUACUAUCAGCGACUGUAAUAUGGGCUUAUGCACACUUAUUGACAGCAAGUGGCGCUUAUAGGCACCGUCCAGAGUUGACUCAAAUCCAUUGCAGAACAGAUAGAGCAAAUCUCAUAUCUUCUGCUCCAUGGAUCAAAAUCCCGUAUCCGCUUCAAUGGGGUGCGCCUACUUUUGACGCUGGCCAUGCUUUUGGAAUGAUGUCUGCUGUAUUAGUCUCCUUAAUUGAGUCAACUGGAGCAUAUAAAGCGGCAUCUCGUUUGGCUAGCGCCACACCGCCUCCAGCACAUGUCCUCAGCCGUGGAAUCGGGUGGCAGGGGAUUGGCAUAUUGUUGGGCGGCUUGUUUGGUACGGCUACUGGAUCAACAGUCUCAGUGGAAAACAUUGGUCUUCUUGGAAGCACUCGAGUUGGCAGUAGGCGAGUAAUCCAGAUAUCAGCUGGUUUCAUGAUCUUCUUCUCAAUGUUGGGUAUGUUUACAUAA